CCCCUCCCCGGUCCUGUCUGUGCCCCUCUAGCGUGCUCCCCGCACCUCGCGUCCCCGCUCGCUCCGAUCGCGCGACUCCUUGGCCACCGCGGUGCAUGGAGAGCCCUGCCAAGAUGGAGAGCGGCGGCGCCGGCCCGCAGCCCCCGCAGCCCUUCCUGCCGCCCGCAGCCUGCUUCUUUGCCACGGCGGCACAGAGCGCGCAGCAGCCGCCGCCGCCGCCGCCGCCGCCGCAGCUGAGCCCCGCGGCCGACGGCCAGCCCUCAGGGGGCGGUCACAAGUCAGCGCCCAAGCAAGUCAAGCGCCAGCGCUCUUCGUCGCCCGAACUGAUGCGCUGCAAACGCCGGCUCAACUUCAGCGGCUUUGGCUACAGCCUGCCGCAGCAGCAGCCGGCCGCCGUGGCGCGUCGCAACGAGCGCGAGCGCAACCGCGUCAAGCUGGUCAAUCUGGGCUUCGCCACCCUGCGGGAGCACGUACCCAACGGCGCGGCCAACAAGAAGAUGAGCAAGGUGGAGACGCUGCGCUCCGCCGUCGAGUACAUCCGCGCGCUCCAGCAGCUGCUGGACGAGCACGACGCGGUGAGCGCCGCCUUCCAGGCCGGCGUCCUGUCGCCCACCAUCUCCCCCAACUACUCCAACGACAUGAACUCCAUGGCCGGCUCGCCGGUCUCAUCCUACUCUUCGGACGAGGGCUCCUACGACCCUCUCAGCCCCGAGGAGCAAGAACUGCUCGACUUCACCAACUGGUUCUGAGGGCCUCGGCCUGGUCAGGCCCUGGUGCGAAUGGACUUCGGAAGCAGGGCCUGCACAAGCUGCAUCUUUAGUUCUUUCUCCUCGGCGAUGUUGGAAGGGAGAAGAAAGAAGAAGAAGAAAUAAGAAGAAAACAAACAAAUCCAGGCACCCCACCCCCUACAUCAACUAAGCGCCGCCCGCCUGAGAAGCAAGGCUCUCGCAAAACAGGGAUGGGCUCAGAAUAGUAUCUUUGCACUCCAAUCAUUCCCGGAGAUGAGUGACUAGGACCCUAGGAUGACUAGGAUGCACAGAUUGCAGCUGGUGUGCAAAAGCAGUGGGUUCCUGGCGUCAAGGAGCAGCACACGCCCUGCAGGAACUCCCACCCACCACUAACAGGCAGAGCUGACCUCCCCACCCUCUCUUGAAAGCCAGUUCUUUGGCCCUCUGGAAAUGGGUUGGUGUCCUUCCUCUGUAUGCCCCACCCUGAUAAAGCUGUGGACGUUUGUCUGCAGUGAAAGUAUGGUAUUUGAAACCCCGAUCCUCUGGGGGUUUUCAAAACCCCCAGCCUCUUGGGGCCCCCCUCCCCAAGCGUCACUCCCUCACACCAUCUUUUCCAUCAUUUUCAUCA